AUGUCUCCCAGCGACGAUCCAAUCUCUUCGAUUUUUUUCGAGCGUCAACAGGCGGCUCUCUGUGCUCAACACGCCUUGAACAUGCUUCUCCAAGAUUCUUUGUUCACUUAUGAGAAUUUGAGGGAUUUAGCGAGGCAAAUGGACCAAAUGGAACAUGAUAUUUUGGGAAAUAACGCAAACGCCGUUGGCCGAAGUGAAAACAUGAAUGAUAGUGGAUUUUUUUCGAUUCAAGUCAUCGAAAAAGCGCUCGAAACGUUCGAUUUGAAGCUCAUAAAUAUGGAGAAUCCGGCGAUGGCAGAGUUCAAGGCGAAUCCGUUAACCGCCCGCGCCUACGUCUUGAACCUCCGGGAGCACUGGUUUGUGCUCCGAAAAUUCGGAAAUCAAUGGUUUGAGCUGAAUUCGGUGAAAAAUGGACCAAAACUGCUCACGGACACCUAUGUCAAGGAGUAUUUGCAUCAGUUUGCCGCCGAAAACUACUCGAUCUUCGUGGUCCAAGGAAUCCUACCAAACUCCGAAGCGGACGACUUCAUAACCCUCUGCCCCGUGGUCCCAAAACCCACAGACUUCGACAAAAAAGAGCCAAAUCUGGUGCAAAAAUUCUUCAAUUCGGUCGGAAGACGACUCGGAGGCUCCCAAGAAAUUCCAGAUUCCCAGGAGGAUCGAGAUUUGGCAAUAGCCAUGGCACUGUCGAUGGAAUCGAAAGAAUCCAGCGAAUCGUCGGGAAGUGAUGAGGAUCAACUGGCAAAAGCCAUCGAAAUGAGCCUUUCUCAGGAUCCUAAUAUUCCAUCAACGUCCGCUGCUCCUUCUGAAUUGACUGAAACUCCAAUUCUGGGUCCUUCCACGUCAUCUGAAACGCCAUCUGGACGGAUUCCAAGUGCUGAGCAACAAAGAAGAGAUCGUGCGAAAUUUUUGGAAAAAUUGGAGGAGGAAAAGAAGAGCCAGAAUGUUCCGGAAGAAUAA